AUGAAACGACGACUUUUAGUCGUGUUGCUUUUGUUCGCAGUAAGCUCAUUCGCUGACGAAAACGCAGAUGAUGUCAAUCCAGAAGAUGUUGACGAUGUGAAGCCCCCAGUAGAAGAAGACGCAAUAAAAGAAGUUCCCGUGGAGAAGAUUACAGUACCUGCAACGCUCACUCCUCUCAGUUCAACUGCAAACAUCACGACUAUUUCAGUCCAGGUGGCUCCCAUCCCAGCAGCUGACAAUGCAACAAACGCAGAACCCAAACCCGACUCUGAAAAGAAAGAAGAACUUCUGACUGGAAAAGAAGAAACACCAGCUGUGAAGACGGAAGUGAUACCUGAAGCAACAACAAUAGCUACGGAGACACUCGCACCACUGGUUCCAAAAGCUCCAGAAGAAGCAGAUGAUCUGAAAGAAGAAGAGAAAGAAAAUGCGGCUCCCGAAUUUGAAGCGAAACAAGAAGUUGAAGGAGGAAAAGGAGAGGAAGAUCCAGAUGCGAACGUUGACAAGCCAGCCGCUGUAGAUCCACCAAAAGACGAAGCAGAUGGAGCAGCUAAAGAAGAUCGCGAGACCCCUUCUGUUGUUGCAGAAGGAUUGCAUGAAGCGGUUGAAGAAGCUAGAGGAAAUCCAGCGCCAGGUGCUCCUACUGCUGAUAAGAAAAAAGAUUCUGCAGAUGAAGAACAAACGUUGGAAGCAGGACCAGUUGCUCGUCCACAUAGAUUUGACACAUCUGUAAGCCAUUCUACAUUUAAUAAUAUACUUUUUCAAAUUUUCAUCAAAACCCCAUUUUUUUCAGAACGAAUUCCAGUCCAGUUUCCAACGCAUUCGAGGGGUGGAAGAGGAUGGAACCGGGUUUAUGUCAUUCUUUUUUAUUGGGUCAUUCCUCAUUAUUGCUAUUUAUCUGCUUCAACAUAA